AAGUGCCUGUGCUGAAACCAUGACCAGAUGGGCUAGAGUGACUACCUCAAAUAGUAAGAGACCCUUGUCUGCGACAUCAUGGGAGGACAUGAAGAAAGGAUCUGCAGAGAGCUCAGACCAAAGUCUUCCAAAGAAUAAACAACGUCAGUUUGGUAGGCUACCCCUUAAAAAUGAUACCCCUCAAGCAAAACAUAAAAAGAACAAAAAGAAAAAAGAGUACUUAAAUGAGGAUGUGAAUGGAUUCAUGGAAUACCUAAAACAGAAUUCGCAGAGGCUUCACAAUGGAGAGUUGAUAGCAACAGACAGCCAGGAAGUCCGGGAAGAAGUCGCAGUGGCCUUAAAGAAAGACAACCGACGCGAAGAAAGACGGUUAAAAAGACAAGCAGCAAAGAAGAAUGCAAUGGUAUGUUUCCAUUGUAGAAGACCUGGGCAUGGAGUUGCCGAUUGCCCGGCUGCACUGGAAAGUCAGGACAUGGGCACUGGCAUUUGUUACCGCUGCGGGUCCACAGAGCACGAGAUCACGAAGUGCAGAGCUAGCGUAGACCCUGCUCUUGGUGAAUUUCCUUUUGCAAAAUGUUUUGUCUGUGGAGAAAUGGGGCAUCUGUCCAGGUCCUGCCCUGAAAAUCCCAAAGGAGUCUAUGCUGACGGUGGCGGCUGUACACUCUGCGGCUCUGUGGGACAUUUUAAGAAAGAUUGCCCUGAAAAUCAGAAUUCAGAUCGGAUGGUCACAGUUGGUCGCUGGACACAGGGAAUGAGUGCAGACUAUGAAGAAGUUCUGGAUCUGCACAAAGCGCAGAAACCGAAAACUAAAGUAGCCAAAGUUGUUCAUUUUUAACAAGAGUUGAUAUGUUGUUAAUUACCACCUCUGUUGCUUUCCACAUAGUAGGCCUUUACAGGUUAGCGCCGGGUGCCUGUGGAGGCAAGCCUGUAUUAUAGACACCACUAUGACCUUGGUGGAAUUACAUUGCUUGUAUUCUGUCUAUCAAGGAGUACAGGGUGAUUAAUUGUACUCUCUAGACUCCUGUGUGUGUGUGUGUGUGUGUGUGUGUGUGUGUGUGUGUGUGUGUGUGUGUGUGUGUGCGCGCGCGCGCGCGCAUGUACAUGCACUUGAAACAGAUUCUAUGUUUUUAUGUAGCUCAGGUUGGCUUCAAACUAGUAAUCCUGCCUCAGAUCCCUGAGUGCUGAGAUUACAGGUAUGUGCCUAAGAACAUAAUUAACACACAGAACUUAGACCUAACUGACUGUACACUUGACUGACUGUCAUCUCUGUAAAUCUAAAUUAUGCAUCAAAAUUGAUCACCUCUAAACAAAACACACAGCUUCAAGUUUGUGAAUAAGUAAAAUUUUGUUAUUCUUAAUUCAGAGUAUCAAGUUAUUGUAAUAGAAAUUUAUUUAUAUGUUGUCACAAAAUCUGUAAUUUUUAGUACAGAAUAAACUAUAUCAGCUGUUUAUCUA